CUGCCCUUUAACCCGGAAGUUAUUAUAUCUCUGCGUAUGUUUGGAGGUGAUGUGAGUCUUUAAAUGUAACUUAAAAUGUCUAAAAACACAAGGAUUGCGCUGGUGUUCGGUGGUUUUAUCACGGCAGUCGCUGCGGCUUUUUACCCCAUAUUCAUCUACCCGCUGACACACAAAGAAGAGUACCGAGCAGUCCAGAGAGUGAACCGGGCUGGAAUUAACCAGGCAGACGUGCAGCCAGCAGGUGUGAAGAUCUGGACGGACCCUUUCAAGCCUUCGGACAAGUGAUGACACAUCCUGAAGAAUGUUUGGGCUAUUUCGUGUUCUUGCUUUAUUUGUUGUGGACUAACUGAAAUAAAAUGGAAA